UGGCGCGCCGAAUCGCCUCUUUGCACGUUCUAUACGCCAAAAUCAUUAAAAACACCGUUUAGUAGUAAUAAUUGCAAAUAAACCUAGUGUGUAUCAAUAUUUGUCAUAUUUCAAUACGUUGUUUGUGAUUCGCUGAGAUCAAUUGUGAAAAAUCGGACAAUUUCCAAUUAUGAUUUUCGUGUUACUGUGAAGUACCUAGUAUACCUGAUUCGUGCUUAUCAAUGUGGUUUUGACUUCGAACUGAGGAAAAUGGAUGUCAUGUCUAAAGCACACGUGUGGUGGAGGUGAGAGAUGUGGGCGCGGUGGGCGGCGCUGGCGUUGGUCACGUGGGUGUGCGCCGCGCCCGCCGACCCGCCGCACGCGCUCCAGCAAUGUGAUACCCUGAACCUGAGGAGGCCGCCGCCGCUACCACCAAAUAUACGUGAAUAUGAGGCCGCCGUUGUCCAAAUAGCCCGUGCGUUAUCAGAGCUGGUAGACCAAGGCGUGGCUGAUGAAGCCAGAGCUUCAGCCCUGGCUAGGGCAGCCUCCAGAACUCCUCUCCAUCCACCGCCAGCUGCUGUUGCGCUUGGAGCUCCGCAAUUACAUCUAGGAAUCUUAUACAUAUCGGAACCAUCUCGCCUCGUUGUCUUUCAACAGAACAACUCGGUCACAUUGCAGCCGUUCUGGCGUACGCUGGCUUCCGCUUGGAAUGCUAGUGUUGUCAUGUGGUCCAAUGCUUGGUAUUCCUGUGAAGGAGAGCCAGGUUGGUGGGGUGGAACGGCAGCAGCUAGGGGAGCGGGUUCCACGAGGGCAGCGGCUGCACUUUUCCGCAGUUUACCAACAUUACCGUGUGAAGACGCUAUGAAUGAGUGGCUGGGAGGCACACCACUGUGCGAUACAAUGACAACUGCGUGCGAGGCUCUUCCCGGAAGUAAUGACCAGAAAUUGGAGUACCAAUGCAAAUGCCGUUCCAAUCACUGGCACCAAGAGGGUGGAGGCUGGUUAUCUCGUCUUAAAUUAAUGGAGAUCGGGAAGCUGUCUUGCACGCCUUGUGGCUUCGGGAGUAACGCCACGGCCUGCUUACCAGACACCUAUAGAGCAGCUUUAUUAGCUGCAAAUCUUACCGGCAUGCUUACAUGUCUCAUCAUUGGGCUUAUUAUCUUUAAAAAGAGAAAAUGCAAGGCUGUUGCCAUGGGGAUGUGGACUGUUUUAGAAGUUGUUCUCCUCGGAGCAAUGUUUAUGUACGGCUCGGCAGCCGCACAGUACAUACCUGGGGCGCAAUGGCGCUGCGUAACAGGUGCAUGGCUACGAGAAUUGGGUUUCGUAGCGUGCUACGGGUCCGUAGUUCUCAGAUUAUGGGUUCUAUUAGCCGAAUUUCGGACUAGGAAGGCACAUAGAUGGACUCCUAGAGAUGCGGAGGUCUUACGGAUAGUAGCAGCCAUGAUGAUAGGCGCUAGUUGCUAUCUGGCUGCUUUCACAGCGACUUCCGCCUGCGAAGACGACAUCGGGGGUGGAUGCGCAAACCCUGCCUGGCAUCACGUCACAGCUGGAGCCGAGAUUCUGUUGCUGAUUGCUGGUCUUCGGAUAGCACAUGCAGCGAGGAAUGCCAAUGUGCCCUUUCAGGAACGAGGGUGGCUAGCAUCUGCCUUAUGGGUAGAGGGCGCCAGUGGUCUCGCUUGGCGUCUAGCGGCGAUUUCGGGGGCAGCUCCUGAGAGGUCACCCCUUGUAUCAGCAGCUCGAGCUCAUUUAUCAUCAGGCGCUGCUUUGGCCUGUGUGCUGGCGCCACGUUUGUGGCACGGAUAUCGUGCCAGGUCGCUUGCUCAGGAAGUGUCACGUCGAGGUCCCGCAGAAGGUUUCGCCGCUGAAACCGAAGAAGAGCCCACGCCUGAAGAACUCAGGGCUGAGCUGAAAAGGCUUUACGUCCAGCUGGAGAUAUUACGUAACAAAACCUUGCGCACGGACAACCCUCAUAUCAGCAAGAGGAGAGGCGGGAGAAAACCGCCUCAUCGACGAUUCUCUUUACAAAAAAAAGGCAGCCGAGAAAAGGCGCUUCAAGCACGGCGUGGGGGCAGAAACAAGGCUAGUGGUAUUGAAGUUAGUGAAGCCGGUGACGCUUCAAGGACACCCGAAGACUCCGUGUGCUCAGUCGAAGGACCAUCACAUUUCACUGACGGUGAUACUCAAGCGUGACCUAAUUUUUGUUUUAAGAUGGUAUUAGUGCUACCAAAGAGUGUUUUAUUCAUUUGCAUGGACAAUACGUUGUUGAAUUGUUAACCUUAUAGAAUAGCAAUAAUAUCAUUUUGUAUUGAAAGACUUUUGUUAGUCGUAUUUUGAACUAAAUGACUUUGUUACUCAAAGUCUUACUUGCAUGAUAAAUACAGUGCCCCUAGUUUACACGUAGUUGCAAAACUAAUCUUUCUUAUAUAUUCCAGAAACUUAUGGGUAUUUCACGAAGAAUACUAUGCAAUAGGCGUGACCCACUAAAUUAACCAAUAAACCACAAUCGAGGCUCACCUGCCUUGCGAUUCUGUAACUCACUUUUCGAACUCGCACAGCGGUUUUCGCAGCGGCGGUCGCGCUCAAAUCAGUCGUGAAGCAGUCUUUUUAUGAUUUGGCAUUCUGAUAAGGAGGGAGCUUGUAGUUUAUUGUUUAUUGUUUACAGAAUCGCAAGGCUGAUGUUAAGUGAUACCGACGCCGAUGGACAGACACACUGCCAGAAGUCUCGCAACUAAGCGUGAGCUAAUAUUAUUUAAAUUGGUCAAUUUAUAUAGGUCACGCCUGUUGCAAUGUCUUGGCAAAGUCAUAGAUGUUAAUAAUGUUAGAAUCGAAACAUGUAAAAAUUAUGUUUUCAUUUAGAAGGAAUAUAAGACACAGACACCUUGUUUCUGGGUUUUUGAAGUAACAAACAAGUAUGCUGACGCAAUCUUAAUCAUAUUAAUUCAAAUUUGUUCACCUUCUAAAUAACGCCUUAAAAGUAUUUAGUUAACAAAACGUGCGUGCAUAAAUUAUGCAUUAUAAUAUUAAUUAUAUUAACAGAGCCUCACUGACCUCAUAAAAUUACCGCAAGGUCUUAGUAGCUCCAAUUUAUUAUUGUAUUCACUUUAAGUUAUAAAUUGAAAUCUGUUAUACCAGACUUUGUUUAAUAUCUUAAAAUAAAUGUAGCAAAGGUUUAAAUCCAUCUCGAUGAAGUGUGUAUUGGCGAAAAAAUAUUGGAUAAAUUAAUUCUUCUUCGACGGAAUUUUAAAAAAUUGUGAAUAAAAUUUAUAGUGACCCUGAAUGCGUAAACUUUCGUGUAAUUAUAAUUUUGGUUUCUAGUCAUUUUAUUUAGUUGGUAACAUAGGAGUUGGACAGACCACUGUGUAUAAAUGGUUUAAUUUAAAAUUGUGGUUUCCAUUGUUCUAAAGUAACGCGCACAUAAUCCAUUACAUUUAUAGUUGUUAGAUGGUUAUGUAUGUUGUAAUAUUUGUUAUUGUUACUGUUAUGUUAUUUGGAUUAUAAGGUAAGUGAAAGCAAUAUUAGUAUAAUGUAUAAGCGUUUUAUUUCAAGUUUUACGGUUUUUCAAGAUUGUUUGAAAAAAUAUUAAAUUGGUUUUUUGUUCGUUCUUCCGUUCUUUUAUGAUUUAUAAUAUUAUCACUGAUGUACAAGAAAAAAAUAUUAAUAAUAUAUUAUAGUGAAUAAAACAUUUAGCGCCGAAAUGUGUCGAGUACAUUAUUGUUUAAUAUUAAACUGAUAAGUCACUUGUGUAAGACAAACUUUUGACAAAAAACUUUUUUAUAGAGUAUUGCAAAUUAUAUAACGUUUUAUAAGAACCAUAUAAUCUGUUUAAAUCUUUUGUAUUGAACAAAUGAUUUUUCGAAAUAUGUCUAAUCAAAAACUUUAAGAUUAGUAAAGCUAUUUUAAAUAUUUUAAAGCAAUAAAGUACGACAAAGCUUUACUAAUGAAAAAUAAUUUUACAUGAACGUUUCAAAAAACCAGUUAUAACAUACUCCACCAUCCUGCAAGGUCAAAGGAAACAUUUGAUUAUCAAAUUACCUAUUUAAGUACUAAAAUAUUCGUGCCAUUGCUAUUUCUGUUGCCAAGGGCAACUAGAGUACCUAGAGACUAAAAUCAUAUGACCGUAUCUAUUAUAACAUCUAGUUUUAAUACAGAUUUUGAGAUUCAUUGACUAAGCAAUUAAACAUGUUUGAUAAAGCAAGACCCGAUCAUACAUGACCCUUGUUUUAUACAAAUCAAAUUUUCUUACCUAUUAAUCGAAAUAACUUAACUACGGCGAAAGAUACGUGUUAACAUUGUCUUAGUUAGGCCAUAGUAUGUGUUUAUAAGUGUAGAAUUAAUCUGUAAAUAUAAUUAAUAUUAUAAAUACUAUGUUCGGUGGCAGUUUGUUGAUUUUUUAAGCUUAAUCUGUGCGAUAAGGGGAUAAGAUGUCCAUGUAAUUGAAAUUUUAUGUAUAAAUAAAAUUAUAUUAUCCAA